AUGUUAUACUCUAAAGAUUCGUUAUUAUCAAAAUAUAAAUCAUUGACUAUCGAUGAACUACCAACUCCAAGUUUUGUAAUUAACUAUCCACAAUUUGCUAAUAAUUGUAACAAAAUGAUUAGUUCAAUUAAAAACUUACAAUCGUUAAAUAUUUGUCCUGUAGCCUUUAGACCACACGUUAAAACUCACAAAACCGUAGAGGGCACCUUGCUACAAUUAGGUGUUGCUAACGGAAAAGAUCAAAAACAAAAAGGAUUUACUGACCGUGUUUUAAUUUCGACUUUGGCAGAAGGCUUGGGGUUAGUUUCCAAUGAAACAGCAAAUAAGUAUAUUAAUGACAUUUGCUACACCUUGCCAAUCACUUUUAAUGACAGUUUUUUUAUGGAGACAUUGAACAGCUUAAGAUCUAAAAAAAAAAACCAUUUCCACAUUUUCAUUGAUCAUGUUAAUCAAUUAGAAAAAUUAAUUGAAUAUGCUUCCUCUGCCGCAGAUGGUAUCGAUUCGAAGUUUUCCGUUUUCAUCAAAAUCGACGUUGGUACGCACAGGGCUGGUAUCCCACCUGACUCGUCAAGUUACCACGAGAUUUUAAAUAAAUUAUAUACUGAAAAAUGUUCCAAGUAUAUAGACUUGUAUGGGUUUUACGCCCAUGCUGGACAUAGCUACCACGUCGACACCCUAGCUAAAGCUCAUUCCGUAUUGAUCGAUGAGAUUGAACAGGUUAUUAAAGCGGCAGAAAAUGUCAAAAAUAAUAAUAAACCAUUAGUUUUGUCAGUUGGUGCCACUCCAACCAUAAAUUCGCUCUAUAAGGAUGAUUCAAUAGUAAAACUUUUAACCAAAAUCAAGGAGUUGGAUUGUGUUUUGGAGUUGCACUGUGGAAAUUACUGUAUGUUGGACUUACAACAAGUUUCCACUGGUUGUGUAAAAUUAAAUGAUUUAGCUGGGUAUGUUUUGGGCACUGUUGUUUCCUCGUAUGGUGAACAAAGAAAUGAAGUCUUGACAAACACGGGUGUUUUAUCUUUAACAAGAGAAACAUCUGAUAAGUUUCCUGGGUUCGGAUUGGGUUUUGACAGUAGCGUUGUUGAUUAUGAAAACAAUACUGACUCUUGGACUGUUGAUAGAUUAAGUCAAGAACAUGGGAUUUUAAAAAAAACUAAAGGCAAUACUAACAAAGCUUUACUAGAAAUUGGAACAAGAGUAAAAAUUUUUCCCCAGCACUCUUGUAUUACAAUGAACCAGUUCCCUUAUUAUUUUGUUGUGGAUGAGAACAACAGAGUUGUUGACAUUUGGGAACCUUUAAAAGGUUGGUAA